GAUUACUUUGUUGACCACCAAGAUGGCGGACUGAGUGUCUCCGGUCUCCUUUCAAAUGUACAAUCUAACCGCUUCAUAUAUUCUCAGAAAAUACAUCAUUAUUCAAGAUACGUCUUUUCUAAAGCCUACAGAGUAGAAGUUGAAGUGAUGGAGUGUUACCUGAAGUGAAUAUUUAAGACUUGAUAGAAUAAAAAGAAGAAAAUUGCUAGGCUAAGAUGGCGACUUCUAGUCAAAGAGAAUCUGUAUCACCGACGGACAAAAGGCAGAAAAGUACAGAAAAAGACGUCCAACAGCUGAUUGGUCAUCCAGAACUUCCCCCUCGGCCGCAGGGUGGGAGCUCCACUUUUAAUCCGGGGGCACCUCACAUUAAAGAGGAAAUGGAGGACGUCCGGAUCCAUCAGGAGAGAGAGUGUGUUCUCCAGCUGGAGGAAUCUGAUCGCACCAAAUUGCCACUGACUGCUGUCUCCGUGAAGAUUGAAGACGACCAAGUCAAAGCACAUGCACACAUCCUCGCGGCGGAAGACAGAGGUGGAGAACCUUGGAGCAGCCAUACAUAUUGUGAAGAUGUCCAGCAGCUCAUUGUUCGUCAAGAAGAACUUCCCCCUCAACCAACAUUGAAGCAGGAGGCUCCACAGUCCACCUACAUUAAAAAGGAAGAGAAGGAACUCUGGAUCACUCAGAAGGGAGAGUGUCUUCCAGGGCCAGAAGAGGCUGAUCUCACCAAAUUGCCACUGACUGUUGUCUCCGUGAAGAUUGAAGAUGAUGAAGUCAAACCACAAGUGGACAACCUCUUAGCGCCACUAUCAGAUAGUGAGGCUGAAGACGCUGUUGAUGAACCUUUGAACAGAAAUAAAGACUGUGAAGAUGAUUCAAAGAUUCACACAGACAACAAACACUCUGAAUGCUCUAAAGUGAAGAGCAGCAAAAAACGUUUAAGCUGCUCAGUUUGUGCUAAAAGCUUUAACCAAAAGAGCAAUUUGACCCAACACAUGAGAACGCACACAGGAGAAAAACCAUUCAGUUGUUCAGUUUGUGCUAAAAGCUUUACUCAGAAGGGCAAUUUGACUCAACACAUGAGAAAGCACACAGGAGAAAAAACAUUCAAUUGCUCAGUUUGCAGUCAAAGCUUUUUUUCCAAAUCGGGGUUGACUCGACACUUCAUGAAACACACCGGAGAAAAACCAUUUAAUUGUUCAGUUUGCAGUAAAACAUUCCUUCAUAAUGCCGACCUGGUGAGACACGUGAGAACACACACUGGAGAUAAACCAUUUGGUUGUUCAGUUUGUGAUAAAACUUUUUCUCAAAAGAACAAUUUGACUGAACACAUGAAAACGCACACAAACGAAAAAGUUUGUUGCUCCGUUUGUGGUAAAAGCUUUAACCGAAAUGGCAAUUUGACUCAACAUAUGAGAACGCACUCAGGAGAAAAACCUUUUAGUUGUUCAGUUUGUUGUAAAAGCUUUUCACAAAGGAGCCAUUUGACUGAACACAUGAAAACACACACAGGAGAAAAGCCCUUUAGUUGUUCAGUUUGCGGUAAACGAUUCAUUCAUAAGGCAGACAUGGUAAGACACAUAAGAACACACAUGGGAGAAAAAACCUUCAGCUGUUUAGUUUGUGGUAAAGGCUAUACUCAAAGGCGAAAUUUGUCUGCUCACAUGAGAACACACACGGGGGAAAAAUCAUUCUGCUGUACAAUUUGCGGGAAAAGCUAUGCUAAAAUGAACAUUUUCACCAAUCACAUGAGAACACACACAGGAGAGAAACCAUUUGAAUGUUCAGUUUGUGGUAAAAGCUUUACUCAAAAAGCCAAUUUGACUCAACACAUGAUGAAACACACUGGAGAAAAACCCUUCAGUUGUUCUUUUUGCAGUAAAAGAUUUUCUGCCAAAUACCAAAUGAAAUGUCACAUAAGAAUGCACACAGGAGAAAAACCCUUUAGUUGCACAGUUUGUUGGAAAAGGUUUACUCAGAAGAUCGAUAAAGUAAGACACAUGAGAACUCAUACAGGAGAAAAACCAUUUAGUUGCUCAGUUUGCGGUAACAGAUUUACUCAGAAAACAACCAUGGUAAAACACAUGAUUACGCACUCUGAAGAAAAACCCUUUUGUUGCACAGUUUGUGGCAAACGAUUUACACGAAAAUCAAAUAUGGUCACACAUGAAAACUCACACGGAGGAAACCACUUUUAACUGCUCCGCUUCGUUUAAUCAGCUUGUGGUCAAUGAUACUCUGACAAGGGAGCAAUUGUUGGAGACAUGAUAUCACACAAAGGUGAAUAUCUUUUAAAAUGCUCAAAUGGAGGCAAACGUUAUUUGGUUAUGAAUUGACUACUAGGUCGUUCAAGGUGUUCAAAAGGGAAUGUUUGCUGUAUGUAUGAUACCAGAUUCCCCCAUGAGUUAGGGUGGCGCUCAGGACAGCAGUUACACAACUUUGCUUGGUUUGGAACAACAUGGAUUGUGGUGUUUUCCUCACCUUUUUGGAUUAGAGAAGUGUACAUGAAUGAUCAUGAAAUUGUGUACGUGUUGUUGUUUAACAAGACUUGCAUUGGUUUUAAUACAUGAAUAAUAAUUGCCAUGUAACACAAACAUAAGACUAAGUAGACUGUAGUGUCCUCUUUUGGGACAUACCGUAAUAAAAUAAAAGAAUGUAUUUGUAAAAUAUUUCAUUGCUACAGCCUUCUGCUAUAACAUUUUAAUAAAUACUUUACAAAACAUUUGACUACAGCAUAUACUGCACAACAAUUACAUGACAAUCUUAUCUAACAAAGACUGAAACUAAUUAAGGCUCCAGUAGGUUUGAUAUCAUGAUGAAUCAGUCAAUAAUAUUGUAUUAGUGCAUCAUCAAUGAUGUAAUGCCUCAUUAUAGGGAUACGGAUGGAUAUGUGCUGAAGCAAUGUGAUACCAAAUGUGACACAAGUGCAAUUAGAGCAAUCAAAAUAGCUAAAGAAAGGUCACUGUCAGGUUCAAACACUGAUGACAUCUAUUAAACAAGACAAGAGGCAAAGAAUUAAACAGAGACAGAAUUAAUUUUGGACUCAAUAUAUUGAGGAGAGUCGCCCAGACAUUGUAUCCUUCUACAAUCUCCAGCACGCUCUGCCCAAAGAUUGCACUCCUUCUUUAUUUGACUUUCUCCCCCCACCUGCCCACAGCUGCUUCCAGAGGGAAGUGGGUCGUAAACAGCGUUGCCUUUGGUUACCGAACAGUUCAAAAGCAGAGGUCGUAAAAUAGUUCAAAAAGAGUUCCAUAAAAUAGUUCAGAGAGAGUUCGUAAAAUAGUUCAAAAAGGGUUCGUCUGGAAAUUGGGCAGAUCCUGCCGUCUGUCCGCUUUGAAGUCCUUGAGCCAGAACAACAUCCUUCUGUUGAUUACCAUACAUGAAAGAACACAGGAACACCAUCUUGCUCCCCCCCCCCCCACCCCCCUACACAGUGGAGUUUUACGAGCCUUACUCUUGGUAGGUUUCAAAAGACAGCCUUUUGUCUUCUUGUCAGGAACACAAUGCAAUACAAAGUUUUUGUGAUAAUUUAGAAACAAUUAUUCUAACAGUCACAGUCUAAACUUGGUGGCUCUGUGCAUGCCCACCUCAAAAUGUAUAAAAGAUGAUGUUCAACUCGAGAAAAUCAGUUCUUUUGUGGAAAGACGCUUCCUCUGUGUGGAAUAAAAACUGUUGGACUUUACCUGACCUGCCUGAUGCUUGUAUUCCGACAC